CUCCUCGGACGCCUCUCGGCCGGACCCUCUCGCCGCGGACAUCCACUUGUUAGUUGGUCUGUGGCAGCGGAGUGGGGAGGUCGUGCCAGACGAGGCGCGGGAGAUACCUGUUGAUUUACUAUUUUGAGGAUAUAUAUUGGAAGUGUUUCGUGUUAAAAGCACAGUUUGUUUUGUACACAUGUGCAUUCAUGAUGGUGUCUUGAAGGAUACGGCGGCGAGUGCGAUAGCCAAGGAAGCAGACGGAAUUGAUUUCCUGAUAGGAGUGUGAGUGAAUAAAUUGGUGCCCUGCGCACAAAAUACCCAGAGUGGAGAGAAGGGGGGGUGGGGUUAUUAAGCCCACCAUGUUGCCGCCGACCCUACGAGAAACCCCAUACCCCUGUGGAAUUAUACCGAGAGACAUCUAGUACUCGUAUCAAUCGGGACGGAAAACAGAGAGAUGUGGGAGAUGGGUCUCGAGGAGGAGGUUUCGGGGAAGUCCUCUCCCACACGAGGAGGAGGAGGAGGAGGAGGAGAGGGAGGUCGACCUCGUCCUCAAUGCCACUUGCCUGCCCUCCACCCCACCAGUAUCCGAGGCAUAAAGACCACCGUCAGAUGGACUCUCUCCUUCGGGUGCCUGUGGAUGCUGCUGACGGCGCCGCUCCUCGUCUGCGCGGAGUCGAAUGGUUGUGAUUUCUAUGGCAGCGGACUCGAGCAGGACGGUCGCGGAGUCCAGCCGGUGUACCUAAGCUGCUCCUCGGGCCGAGUGGAGUGGCAGUAUCCCCGCGCAGGACUCAGGGUCAUCCUCAGGUCUCCCCACAAGGACCGGGACUUCCAGGCGUGCAUCAAGGGGGACCCCAAGUUCGAAGGCGCCAGGAUCUAUCUCGAGGGAUACCGCUCUCUCCUGCCGCUGUUCGCUCUCGACGACGGCCGCCCGCAGGAGCUGGUGCGCUGCUUCACCAGCUACAAGGGCCAGGCGGCGCUGUACGUCGAGGCCGAGCCCAGCGCCGACGAUCUGAAGAAGGAGGUCGCCGCCUUCGAGUACGACCUGCAGACGCUCGCCAAGGGGAAGAUUUACGACCCGCUCGAAGAGUGCCGGCCUUGUUCGGAGGACGAGAUCCUCCGCCUCUACUGCUCGGGCGACUUCGUGGCUCGAGGAAGCAUCGAGCGCGUUGAGGACGACCACGACCUCGCCACGACCACCAUCACCAUCCGGGCCUCGAAGCUCUUCCAGCAGACGUCGCCGGUGUUCCGACACGCCCACGCCCACGGCAGCGACGGCAAGACCUGGGAGAGCGCGUACGGCAUCAGUAACAGCAUCCGGGGAGGCGGAGGUGGCGUGGCCGAGUACACGGGCCGCGUCGACGUCCCCAUCCAGUGCGGGGCGCGGGCGGGCGAGGGCGAGUUCCUGGUGAUGGGCGUGAUGAGGCUGGGGAAGCCCAUCUUGCGGUGCGCGCCCAGACACGCCGAGUGGGUCAAGAUCGCCAAAGCCGCCCGGGCCAAUGCCCAGUGUGUUUUGGAGACGUGAGCGUUGUGGAUUUGCAAAACACAUUUCUGGAGACGUUGGACUUCGUGUAGUUGCAAAAAAAAAAAAAGUUUCUAGAGACGUUAGAUUUUAUGCUAUUGCAAAAUAAGUUUUCUAGGAACGUUAUGUAUUGUGUAAUUGCAAAAAGAGUUUCUAAAGACGUGAAGUUUUGUGCAAUUGCAAGGGGCAUCACGGUGUUCCUAAUGUAGUCUUAAAGUGGACGUGAUUCAGUGACAAGUGACACUCGAAGAUGAGAGACAAGAAGCUCAAUCAAUUAAGUGAUCCACUGAAAGGAGAAGAGACAUUUACAUAAAAAAAACAUUUAAUUAUUUUGGUGCAAUAAUAGUAGACACUGCAAUUAACGAACUUGCAAUGCUACAGCAACAAUUUUGCUCCCAGUGUACAUAUAUUGAACUCCUGAUACGAUGGAAUCAAGGGGAGUUAAGUUCACAGUUUGAAGGGAAAGGAAGAUUCUACAGAGAGGAUUAGGUGUCCAAUGGGCCCACUUGUACACGUCACACAAAAUCCUGAAACAGCUAAUGUAAACAAAAAAAAUUUGAUUUUUAAAGGCUCCAAGGGAUCUUUUCACGAGCUAAAAAGGUCCCCAUGAGGCUUUUCACGAGCUUAAAAGUCUUCAUGAGUUUUUUCAUGAGCUUAAAAGUCCCCAUGAGGCUUUUCACGAGCUGAAAAGUCCCCAUGAGGCUUUUCUCGAGCUAAAAAGUCCCCAUGAGGCUUUUCACGAGCUGAAAAGUCCUCAUGAGGCUUUUCACGAGCUAGAAAGUCCCCAUGAGGCUUUUCACGAGCUAGAAAGUCCCCAUGAGACUUUUCACGAGCUAGAAAGUCCCCAUGAGGCUUUUCUCGAGCUAAAAAGUCCCCAUGAGGCUUUUCACGAGCUGAAAAGUCCUCAUGAGGCUUUUCACGAGCUAGAAAGUCCCCAUGAGACUUUUCACGAGCUAGAAAGUCCCCAUGAGGCUUUUCUCGAGCUAAAAAGUCCCCAUGAGGCUUUUCACGAGCUGAAAAGUCCUCAUGAGGCUUUUCACGAGCUAGAAAGUCCCCAUGAGGAUUUUCACGAGCAAGAAAGUCUCCAUGAGGAUUUUCACGAGCUAGAAAGUCCCCAUGAGGCUUUUCACGAGCUAAAAAGUCCCCAUGAGACUUUUCACGAGCUGAAAAGUCCCCAUGAGGCUUUUCUCGAGCUAAAAAGUCCCCAUGAGGAUUUUCACGAGCUAGAAAGUCUCCAUGAGGAUUUUCUCGAGCUAAAAAGUCUCCAUGAGGAUUUUCACGAGCUAGAAAGUCCCCAUGAGGCUUUUCACGAGCUAGAAAGUCCCCAUGAGGCUUUUCACGAGCUAGAAAGUCCCUAUGAAGCUUUUCACGAGCUAAAAUGCCACAUUGGAACCUUUCUUCUCCAGCUUCGAAGUCCAAAACAGUCCCCUGCUUUUAGUGACUCUGUAAUGGAUUAGGUUGUAACCAGUUGCGGUUGUAAGAGUGUAAAGUGCCAUAGAUAGCACGUAAGGCCAGACUAUUCUUGUGGUUAUGAAAUUAUUAUUAUUUUUUUUUUUUGUGGUUAUUGAAAUGGUUCUUAAUUUUUUGAGAAGCAGAUUUUGUUCUUAUUAAACCGUCUGUGAUUUAGUAGUUACUGAAAAGUCAUGGACUGAUUUUAUAGAAGGUUUAGAUGUAGGGUUUAUAUUCAUCCUGACAAAAGAAAAUCAUAAAAUCCUUUCUUAUUAUUCCACUGAAGCUAUCAGCUCUCGAAAAGUGUAUUAUAUAUAUAUAUAUAUAUACAUAUAAUUGUUGUUCCUUUUAAACUUUGUUGAAAACUAUUCUUGAAGUUGUCCUGUCGACCGCUUUGCAGGGUGUAUACAAACCACGGUAUGAGACAGCCCCCUGCUUGUGUACAAAGCUUAGUAUAAUUCCUUCAGACCCUUGGAGGAAAAGAUAUAUCUCAUAGAAGGUCGUAAGAAAACAGUAGAGGUCCUAAGUGCAAUGUUUUUUUUCCUUCCGCUGAUUUUAGGGACGCCAUUACUUGGUUGGGUCUGAGAAAGCCUUUCAAAAAAGAGGCGAGCGAGUGAUUUUGCUUGUCUCGGACAUAUUCCUUUUCUUCUUCUUCCUUCUUCCUCUUCCUCUUCCUAGUCCUUCUUCCCCUUCCUCUUACUCCUUCUUCCUCCUCCAUCUUCCUUCUUCCUUCUCCCUUCUCCCUCUUCCUCUUCCUCGUCCUUCUCCUUCCCCUUCCUCUUCCUCCUUUUCCUUUUGAUAUUUAUUUUACAUGGUUCAGCAGAUAAAUUCCCGGCGAUUCAGUGUAAAUAAAAAAAAAAAUAAUAAAAAAAUCAGCGACGCCGCAAAUUGUCCUCCGGGUAAAAGGAAAAUAAGUUGGUAUUAGCUGUUGUAUUGCAGGAAAAGGUAUGCGGUAUCAUUCCGAUUUUGUGCGUAUUUUAAAAGAUCACACGCAUUGUGUUUGUGUCUCGGUCGGAUAGGAGAUAUAUAUUUGGUGUGGAUAAAACUUAAAAGAACUGUAAGUUUUCGUGGAGGAAAAAAACGAAACUUUUAAUCUUUAAAUGGAGUCUAAAAACAGGAGUUUUUUGUGACGGUUUGUGAAUAUUUCAGGAUUUUUUUUUUCGAGUUUGUGAACAUUUCAGGAAAUCUUUUGACAGUUUAUGAACAUUUCUGAAAACUGAGAGCAUUGAGGCUGCUGGUACAACGUUGCCAUGUACUAAGACAGAUUGUACUUCUGCUAUGAUAUUUCAGUUUAUCAUAUUCCAGUCUCCCCUUACGGAAAUUUUGGUUUAUAAUUGCCUCUUUUCUCUGAACGGGGGAAAUGUGGGACAGUUUAUUCAAAAUGCUUUUUAUACAUGUGUCUAUUUUUUCUGCCAUCUAUUAUUAAUGUGCGAUGAGGAACUUAAGCCUUGCUUGUAUAUCUUAACACUGCUUUUUAGGCAUCUUGACGUCACUAAUAGGCCUAUCUAAUCCUUGUCAAUAUUUCUUUCAUCUCUAUCCAUAUUUAUUGACACUUCGAUUGACUAUUAUCAAUUCCUUAACAUGCCUCUGUUUAUGUUUUUUUUUGUUUUUUUUUGUUUUUUUGUUUAUUUCCAAAGGUGAACCUACACCUUGUUUGUAUAUAUUUGCGUGGUGGAAUUAUCUUAAUUUUAUAGCAUAAAUCAGGUGAAUGUAUAAUGUGUAAUUGUGUGAGACGAUGCAAGGGCAUACUUACUAAAUGAUCUCAGUAUUGUACAAUGUGAGAAAUUAUCAUACAUCCUUCCUGUGCCAACCGUCUAACCUGAAUUGCAACGAAGGUUAAACAUACUGCAAUAAUAUAGCCUCUUUAUGCAACAGCGUGGACAGAUUAACAGAUGCUCUCGCGCAUUUUUUUUUUUUUUUUUUUUUUAUGUAUAUCUUGUCACCCAAUUGUACUAGAACAAAUUGCAAUAACAAAUCCUUUUUUUUUUUCUAUUUUUUUUGUCAGAACUAAAAAAAAAAUAUAUUUUACGCAUGUUUCCCUCGGAAUUCAAACCGCCCCGUGGCACAUAACCCAAAUGUCUAUUAAAAUAAACGUAUACAUUUAACGAAACGUAAACAACAAUAAUACGAGGAUAAUUUAUACACUUCCCUGACAUAUUGUGAAACUAGUCGAGAGUUUGGAACCUGCUGGAGGGGGUACGUGCUUAUUAUUUGUGUAUAUAGAGCAUUAGUAAUAAUGAAAAAGAAAAAAAAAAAAAUUAUACGACCUGACCCGUGAAUUCAUUGUGCCAAAUUAUACAUUUUUUCUCGAGUCUUUUCAUAUUUUUUUUUAUAUAUAUAUUUCUUCCAUUGAGAAAUUGUACUUAUGUAAACAUUUGAUUUUUUUUAUAUGUAUAUAUUGUGUAUGUGAUGGAGAUUUAAGUGAAAUAUAUAUGAACUUCUUCAA